CCGUAUGUUAGGCGCCAUCUUUGAGGCUGGCAGCUGGGAAGACGACGGGCUGAGCGGCGGCCCCGGCGGAUCGGAGCGACGCGGCGGAGGCAGCGGCGGUCCCCAGGGGUUCGGUAAAGUCCCCGCUCGCCGGUAACUAGAGCCGUUCGUAGACCGCAGGGGCUGGGGAAUGGCCUCUCGCCAGGCCCGGGUCCCCUCGGCUCCCCUCAGGGGACGCAGGCCGCGCGUCCCCCGCGCCCGGCGGGGCGGGCGGCCCAGGCCGCGGCCCCCAGCGGCCGCCCCCGCAGUGUCCGCAGCUGCUGGGGCGGGAGGAGGGAGGUCGUUGGGGUCCCCUGGGGCGACGCGGACCCUGCGGGGACGGCGGUGGGGGUGAGGCUUUCUCCCGGACCUCGGCACCCCGGCACUUCAGAGAGAGGGACCCGCGUCCGCGCUGUCCGAGAUAGGCCCAAGAAGCUGUCCCCUGCCUCCGGGGCCGCAGCCCGUUCCCCUCGCCCUUCCCUCGGCCGUUAGCCCUUGUGAACUGUUUGGAAACGGGCUCCCUCCACCCCCCCGGUAUCCCGGAGAAACGGUGUCCUUGGGUAGGCUCCGGAGAGGUUCGGUGGGGCAAAUGGAAGCUCCCGGUGCAGGUGCCUUAUGACCGAUACUUCAUUUUCAGUUUAAAACCUUGUGCUUUCCUUGUGUAGCAAUGCGUAUAAGGGGCGUGCUGUAACGUAGUCAUCUGACUUAAUUGCUCCUCGGUUCCCCAACGGAACUGCCUUCAGGAUCUGACUAACUCUGGAUGCACCCGGUCGUUAUCUUAAUUUCUCCUUUUAGGUUGUUUAAAAACAACCCAGUUGGUGACGUUUGUGUUUUGUUUCUUAAGACUUAGGUCUGAGAGCUCUCUGUUUUCCCACCUUGGUGUUUAUAACGCAAAUGCAGAAGUGGUUUUACUUUUAGUGUUGCAGGGAUCAGUUGGUGUAGCCUACAGAUUGUUGCCAGAGUUGCUGCUUUGGGGUACACACUGUGCUCAGAGAUUGAGCUCUGGGCCAUACUCCCCAAAUGCAACACUCUGUUAUUUGUUUGUAUAAAGGAGAUCUCCUCAGGAUAGGGGAUUCUGAAUUGAUAGCAGAACCACUAUGGCCUGUGCUUGAAUUGGAUACACAUUAAACUGAUCAGGCUGAACAAACAGGCUGAAUUUGUUGCUGGGUAUUUCAGGAGGAAAGCUUAAUCUAGAGAAAACUUCCUCUUGCUGUCACUUCUCAUCUAAAAUGGCACCUUUCCAAACGGCUGCUUCCAGGGAAAUGGACUCCUUGUGAGAUGUACCAAAACAUUGCAGUGAGGAAGAUGAAUGAUCACAGUAAGCUGCUGCCAGGCUCUGGAAAUAGAAUUUGUAUCUUUAAGUCUGUCCCCUUUCACCCAAGAGUAGCUGCAGCAGGUUGAGCAGUCCCCUUAGUUUGAUUCCCCAGGCACAGAGGGGGAAAAGCUGAUGGGCAGAGAGAAGGGUAGAGAGCCACCCACUAAGGAUAUAGGAAAGAAGGGGUUAUGCAUUAAGGGAAAGCCACCACCUGAAAAAUUAGGUGCUAGCUAAAAACUUGUUAAGAUUUUAGCCCCUGCAGGUACUGCUACACCUGGGUGUGCUGCACUGAGCCUCCUUAUGGAAUGCAGCACGUUAAAGCCUGCACUGUUGCCUGGAAGAGCAAAGACUUCCAUUGUGUGGGACUUCAGCUCUGGGUGUGCCGCUGAACCUUUGACUUCUCCAACCAGAGCAUUGAGGCUGUUGGGCUGUUGCUAAGAGACACCUCAUCGGGAGAGGUGACGCCUGUGUGUGAGGUGGAAGUCUGAAGUACACUCCCAGCUCUCACCUUGAGAGCCAAAGGGCUGUUUUUUCAGCUGGAAGAGGAGGAGUGGACUGCAAACGUGCCCUGAUGAAUGAAAGCUGUCAGAAGAGACUUACCAUAGAUGGGGGUUGUACUGGUGUAGCCAUAGUGGAUUCUGGAGUGGCUGGAGAAGAUAAAGAGAGUUUUCUUCGUGGAAGCAGUGCUGUCAGAAGUCUUUUGGUGCCAGAAAUUAGAAGCACAGUUGUCUGGGCCUUCUGAGUUGACCCUCAGUUUACUUGGCACACUCCUUGUUUAAAAGAUGUCAGGACAGUGACUUGCCUUGGCACUUCCCGAGUUGCAGCCACCUUUACAGACAGCACAGCCUGGGCCAGGGACUGAGUGUGAUGGUGCUGUUGGUAACCUGAAGCACUUGUGGAUUUCUCUGCUGUUCCAUGUGAAUUUUUGCCCUGUGAAAGUGAUGUAUUGAGCUAUUUCUUUUUCAGUGGAUAGGCUUAGAGACAGGUGUCAGUGAACAUCUUCAGUUUGGGGUAUUCCUGUUCCAUCUUUGCCUCCUGAGCAGGUGCUUGGAAAGGAAAAGGACGUGAAUCUUAACCAUGGGACUUGGAUUCAACUACACACUGCUGUGGAGGAGCUCAGAUAGGAGAACGCACUUAAGUUACAGAAUAGAGAGAUAACUGAUUUCUCUAGACACCUUUUUUUCCCAAGGCCAGUGUAUUAGAAGCUUCUACAGAUUGUGGCACUAGAUAGUCGAUUUCCAUCCAUAAUUUGUGACUGCAGCAUUGUGGAAGAAAAGUUUUUGGGGCUUUGGAAAAAGCACACUGCAAAACCUGUGACUAUGUGGACUUGGAACAACCAGUUGCCUACUUGACAGUCAUUUCAAGCUGCCAAAUUAAGGCUUUCCCUUAAUCUCCUCAGCCCUGGCUUUCCAGCUUCCCUGCAGACAUUGUGUGCACGGUGGUGGGUGCCAGUUGCCAUGUUUUAUGUGUAUUUUAGAGUUAAUGCUUGGGGCCUUUGAACUCAGGAGCACUGAGAAGAGGUUAGCAAGUACUUCAGAGAUUUGCUUGCUGGUUCUGCAUUCAAACCACCAUCCACAGGGUGGCUUGAAACAGGAAAUAGCUGUUCAGGGAACCUCUCUGCCUUUUAGAUGCUAAAGUGACUUUAAAACAGCAGAAGGUGAAGCAGCAUCCUACUGAGAGGGAGAAUGGGACUAUUCUCUGCACAUUCCAUUGAGCCCAGAUGUCUAAUGGGUGCAAGAUUCUUGGCCUGCAGGUUCCAUUCUUGCUCCUUGGGUACAGGAGACAGGCAAGUCAGCAAUCUGGGAAGUCAGUCCAGGAAAACAAGGUCACUUCAGUAGCCAGAAAGACAAGCUUGUAAAACUAGACAGACUUUCAUUGCAAUAUUCGUCUUCCCUUAGCCAAGUUUAUGGCACUUGUUGGCUUAUUUUCCCUGACCUCUAGCUACUGCAUCUGUAAUGAUUUAUUUUGUACCAAAUGAAUUCAGAACCUCUUAAUACAAAAACUUCGCUGGAGUGUGUUUUAAAUUCUCACUGACUUCCAUUAGAGACCUGCUGAGUGCACCAGAGUUACUCAUUUGUGUUCAGACUUUCAGGGGUUAGUUCAUUUGAUUCCUGUUGAGCACUCAGAGUGCCUUGUUAACUGACACCAGCUUGACAAGAAGAGACCCUUUUGGAUUAACCUUUUGGAAAAUGGAAGGACUUGUGUGGAGUUUAGAGAUUGGAGGGUUUUUUCCAGGGUGGGUUUUUUUGUUGUUGGUGGUUGUUUGUUUGUUUUAAAGUUUUUGUUUCUUCCCACUCCUUAAACCAUUCAAAUUCUGAACAGCCCUUGAAGUCUGCUCAGGAAUAUGGAAGACAACAAGCAAAAUGCUGAGCUGCUUGGGCAUUCAAAAGAGAUAGAUCUGAGGGGAUUUCUGGAUUUUCCUCCCCUGGCAGUGAAUUCCUUUGUACAGGUGUAUCUCACUCCCUAGGGGAAAAGAAGUGCAGCCUUCUCCAUGAAUUCCUUCUGAUUUGUAUUUGAAUCCCUCUGCUCUGCAGUGCUCUGUAAUUGCCAUCUAUUGGAGUGUUGGCUUGUGCAAACUGAAGAAACCAAACUUCAACCAGAAGGAGCACCAGGGGUUGUUGGGUUUUUUUUGAAGUAGCUGCACAGGACUCUAUGGCACAAAGUCUGCUUUUGAAGGUGCUAAAGCCAAAAGUGAAUAGUCCCAUCCAUACUGAAGAAGGGAAGAAAACCUUGCAUUUAACUGCUGUUCUUAUUCCCUUUGUCAAGCAGUCAAAAAGCAAAUUACUAAUAUGAGACCCAACUUUUUCUCUCUUUAUUUUAGAUUUGGGAAAAUUCCUUGUCCCCCCCAAAAAACCCAUAUCCUGGAACAUUCACUAGUGUUGGUGUGAGUAAAAGGUUCCAACCUUUGUUAGUCAUUUCUAAAAACCUCUUUCAUUCAGUUUUGUCCAAAAGGGUCAGAAAUAUUUCACCCAGAAAUGUGCAACCUUCUAAUGAAGGGCUCAGAAUCACUUUAAUUUGAACUGUUUAUCUGGUCUGGUUGCAGGUUUUGUGGCAUUUAGUGUCCUUUUAAAAAGAAGAAUCAAAGUACUUCACAUAAAAAAAAAAAAAGAUGAUUGCUUGUGGCUGAAUAAAAUCAGUUUCAGCUCUGGUGGCACCAAAAAAAUCAACAGCUUUGAAUUGGACCUAAGCCAUCAUUUCAAACCUUCCAUGAUCUUGGAGCAGUGGAUAAUGAUGAGAAAUGGAUCAGGGAUUAGCAUAUGCUAGAAAGAAAUGCUUUAUUUCCUAAAAUCAAAGUCAUUCCAAACUCUUGGUAUGAUGCAGCCAUGCCACUUGCAAAGUGAGCAUUUCCCUACCUCUCCAAGCUUGCUGUAGCCUUGAUCUGCUGUCUCCCUGCUGUUAAUUGAUUGCAGCUCUCAGUAUCUGAUCAGGGCUAACAGUUGUUCUCAGUACAGAUCAUGCAACACAUACUGUGCACGCUUGUGUCUAUAGGUACAUUCAUUCUGUAUGCAUGUACAGAUGUAUGCAUUGUGUGCUGGCCCCCAAAAUCGCUCCAAGCAUCAGCCUUGAAGGCUUGGUCAUCAAAAUAUUACCUAGAUCUUUCAUUUUUACCAGUUCCCUCCAGCUGAGAGACUUUUUAUGCAGUCUUAUAUGGCAAAUAGCCAAACAUUCUCAUUUUGACUGUCACUCUCGUGGUGUGUGUAUAAACACAGAUGUGUGUGCAGACACAUCUUUGUAUUUACACUCACCACUGUGUGUGGGUUUUUUUUUUACUGUACCAGGUAAUAAAGAUGGGGGAAGGUUUUUGUGUUUUCUUAAUAGGUGAAGAAAUCUUGAAGACCAGAAAUUGCAGCUUACUGAAUUUUAAGUUAAAAACCAAACCAAAUUGUCCGGCUGUGGAAGAAGGAGCCUCAUUUUUGCAGCCACUUUGAAUCCCAAGUUCAUCUUUAAAUGCACUGGGGUUGUUUUUUUUUUGUUGGUCCUUUUUUUUGUUGGUCUUUUUUUUGUUUUUUGGUUUUUUUGAAGAGCUAACUAACCCUGGCUGUCUCCAGUCUGACAGUAUGCAAAUGGACUUGAUUCCUCCAUUAGUUGUAAGAUGGUUAAAAGCACAUCCUAUGUUUGAAAUUGUGGAUGAGAGGUUCCCUUGGCAAUGUGAGGAGGAAAAUUCUUUCUACCCCUUUAUUAUUAAUUCACGGAUUCAGUGUUGGUUCGGCCUACAGGAGAAGUUAACUGGAAGUCUUUGAAGAUCAAUAUGUUUGCUGAAGUUGUCCAGGGUUACUUUUAAAAAGAAGAUUUCACUGAUCAAGCCAGUAGAAGACUUUCAGUCCAAGAAAGAGAAGCCAGCUCUUGCCAAGACUGGAGGAAGUCCCUAUUGAGAAAACCACUGGAACCUGAGCUUAUUCAAAGAACUUGUCCAUUAUGUCCAACCAAGGAGACGACUGCUACUUCUAUUUCUAUUCCACAUGCAACAAGGGAGACAGCUGUUCCUUCCGCCACUGCGAGGCUGCGCUGGGAAAUGAGACAGUGUGCACACUCUGGCAGGAGGGCCGCUGCUUCAGGAACAUCUGCAGAUUCAGACACAUGGAAAUUGAUAAAAAACGCAGUGAGAUUCCUUGCUACUGGGAGAACCAGCCAGUAGGUUGUCAGAAAUCCAACUGUGCUUUCCAUCACACAAAAGGACGUUACGUGGAUGGACUCUUCUUACCGCCGAGCAAAACUACGCUUCCGAGUCCACCUGAGUCUGCAGAAGAUGAUGUGAAAAUGGCUCAGAUGUCACUGCAGCAAAACAAACUUUCUGUCCAGUCUAAUCCUAGUCCACAGCUGAGAGGGGUGAUGAAAGUGGAGAACUCUGAAAAUGUCCCAAGCCCUACACAUCCUCCAGUUGUGAUCAACGCUGCGGAUGACGACGAAGAUGAUGACGACCAGCUUUCUGAGGAAGGAGAUGAAACUAAAACACCUGUCCAGCCACCAGUGACAGAACCUCAUAAUGGAUUGAGGAUAAUUUCCACUAGGAAGUCCAAUGGUAACACAAAGCCAGAGGACAAUUUAAACUUUGGAAUAAAAACACUCGAAGAAAUCAAAUUGAAGAAGCUAAAGGAGAAAACAAAAAAACAAGAAGGUCCUUCAGGAGUUUCUGUUCAUCCUCUCCAGUCUCGGACUAUUCCUGUCCCAGAAAAGGAAAAUGUACGGACAGUAGUGAGAACUGUGACUCUGUCUACAAAGCAAGGGGAGGAGCCUGUGAUUCGACUGAAUCUUGGUGAGAGGCUGGGCAAACGGAAAGCCUCCAUAGCUGGUAAAAGUGUCCUUCCACUGAAGCGCAACCUUGCUGAGAGGCUGGGGAAGAAGAUAGAGGUUCUGGAGAAUGCUGACAAAGCACCAAAGAGAGGUACAGCUCCUAGUCACACAGCUGCCUCUGUUCAAGUCCCCAAGACUCUGAAAGAGAGGUUGGGAUUGCCCUCUGAACAGGCCAGUACAGAGACAGAAAAGGCUGCUAAACCAACAGGAGAAAUCCAUGUGAAAACACUGGAGGAAAUUCGUCUUGAGAGAGCUAAUCUGAGACAAGGAGAACCUCAAGCAAAACCCCAGACUGAAGGACGUUGUAAAACAGAAGAUCCCAGCGUGGGGGCAAAACCUUCCCCUGCAGUUCGCAUCAAAACCUUCUCAGGAGCUGUAGCUGAAAAAAACCACAAGAGACUGGAAGAAGAGAAGCAGAAACCAGAAGAGUUUCCUACCAAGACAAAAGCUGAGAGUGAGCCCAAGAAGCAGAGCAUACUUGCUCCGUCUGUGCUCAGCAAAGCUCAGCUGGUUGAGCCAGCAAAAGCCAAGCCUGGAGGAGAGGUGCGCAUUAAAACCUUGGAAGAAAUCAAACAGGAGAAAGCUCUGCGGAUGCAGCAGAGUGCAGCAAGUGUGCCAGCUCCACCUGCACAGCCUGAGCCUGCCCCACCAGGGAGGAAGUUGUUAAGGAUCACCAAACUAAUAGCACCUGGAAGAGAAGAAAAGAAGGUAGUGGAGCUGAGCAAGCCUUCUCCCAAAGCUGGCUCUCCACCUGCAGAGCUCAGUGAUCAGAGUGCAGCUAAUUCUAAAGUCCAAGUGAAGAGCCGUGAAGAGAUAAUGAGGGAGAAGUGGCAACUGAAACAACAACAAGAAGAGAAGCUUCAGAAAGAAGCAGUUACUGUGCCAUCCCCUGGUGAAAAGGCAAACAAGGAUAAAACUCCAACAUCAGGGAGUCCUGAAGCCACAGUGGUUUCAGGGUCAGCUUACCAACUUGCAAAGAGGACAUUGGUGAACUCUCCAGAAGAUGGGGCUGAGAGCCCAGGGAAGGAUGCUGCUGUCUCCCCGGGGAAACAGGCAGCUCAGCUUCUGGAAAGGAAAGCUAAAACCAAAUCUAAGGUGUGCCUGAAGCCUUUGGAUGGGAAAGUCACCUCCCCCAGGAAGCAUUCACUGAAGCGCAAGGCAGCCGAGAGCCAUCCCUUUGCUGUGGCAGCUGUGAAGCCUCUGAGUGCUGCUGAAAAGGACACAGUGGAGCCUCCAGCAAAAAAGGCAGCUUUGGCUGCUGUUCCUGCUUUGCCAGAGGACAGCCUGGCCUCCAUUCCUGGGAAAGAAAAACCCAAAACCAGUCCUGAACUGCAUAUUGGAAGCCAGGAAGGCUCUGUGAUACAGUCAGAGGUCUCAAGCUCAGCUUCAGCUUCCUCACAAGUAGCACUAAAGACUCGCCGGUUGAGCUCCACGGGGGCUGGGAAAGCACCUUUGUCUGUAGAAGAUGACUUUGAGAAGCUUAUUUGGGAAAUCUCAGGAGGCAAACUGGAAGCAGAGAUUGACCUAGACCCAGGGAAGGACGAGGAUGACCUCCUCCUGGAACUGUCUGAGAUGAUUGACAGCUGAACUGCAUAGUCUUAACAAAAACAACCCAAUUAAAACUCUAUUUUGUUGGAUACCUGGGGAUGAUCCUUUUUCUAGCUGAGGCUUUGCAAUGAGUCUUAAAGCACAGUGGAACUGGUUAAAAAUUGGCAGUAUCUGCACUCAGUUGUCCUAAAUUUCCCUGCUGGUCAGAGUCAAGGUGCUGUGUGUCUGUUCUGUGGCUGCCUUGGACAUGAAGAGGACAAAGCACUUGUUUGUUUCAGGACAGAAUGACGCCCAUCUACAAACUGUGGUGGUUGGGAACUUCAUCUGCUGGUUCAACAAUACUCUUGAAGGCUUAUACAUAAAGCUUCCUCCUUCCUUCCUUCCUUCCUCUCCCACUGGCACAACUCAACAUUCAAAGCUUUGGGAUUCUGAUUGCUGGGACAGUUGCUGUCUAAAGCCUUGGAGUUACUAUGUCAACUCCUGAGUUUUAUUUUCUGGAUGCUGUUGUUUUUGACUGUUCAUCUUUUAAGGGUAACUUAAUGAAAUAUGUUGGGGUGGGAGGGAGCCAGAAUCGUUACUUCAAGUGUUUUGGACCAAACGUGCUGCCAAGGGUGGUGGUUGGGGUCAGUCCAUCCAGCCUUAUAUUGAAUUAUCAGGGAUGAUACAACAGCAGUGUGGAAAGCAGCAGCUCUACAGCACAGCUCAAGUACUCCCACUCCUGUUUUGUUGUACUGUACCAAAGCCUGGGGGGAGGGGGGGUUGGUGCUUUUUGCUGAUGUGAAUUGGAUGCUGGGGUGGGUCAUCAGGAUUCCUCUCAUAGCCUGCAGUGAAUUGGCAAACUAAGAAUUGGUUCAAGUGCCUCUUGGUUCCAAGUAUCGUUCCCCUGAGCUGCUGGUUCAUCUUCUGCUGGGAAGUGGUGGUGGGUCAGACACUGGCAGCUGUGUCUGACCUUCCAAGGAAGAGGGAGCAUGUGGCUGGGCUGGCCACCUUGUAACCUGCUACUGCUGCAGGACCAACCACACUCUCCUUGGCCAUGCCCUGGGCAUCCUCCCUUUGCUCCCCACUUUGCUGAGGCUUGAGCUCUGUGUGGAAACGUGUGCUGGAGCCAGGACUCUGGGUUACCGCUCUGCCUCAGGUGUCUAUGUGCAGUCCGUGACCCUGCAGCAAACGGCUGAGAUGGGGCUGGAUGCCAUUCCCUUGCCACCACAGAUUGCUUUCCCUUGCCCAGAUGUAUUUUUGACUUAUUUUCUUAACUUUUUGAAGAACUUCAGUCUCUCCACACUAGGCUGUGUGAAGCUGGAAGGGCCCCUCAGGCGUUUGCUGCUGCCAGAGUUAAAAAAAAUCACUUCUUGGAGUUGAUUGUAAAUACUUUUUUCUCUCUCAAAGAAACUUGUAUGCUUUGAUAAUCCACUGUGAUGUCUUAGUUGGUAGAGGAAAGGUUUAAAACCCACCAUUUAGCCAAGUGCUGACUUGUGAAGGCUCACUCAGCCCCUCCUGCUGUUGGAGGACUUCCCCAGCAACCAUCCCCCUCUCCUUGCUUCUCUCCUUACUUCACCAUCACCCUUCACCCUCCCCCAGCCUCUGCAUCCAAUCCCCACCCUGCUUUCUGUACAGAUUCCAUUCUCCCCCUUUCUAUUUGUAUUUAAGCCAUCGUUAUCCCAAGCCCACCCUCCCUUCCCUCUGCCUCCAUCCCUUCCCCUUCCCACACAGCAGUUAGAACAGUGUUUUUAAAUAAAGCGGGCAGAGGAAGGUGA